AUGGCGGAUAGUAUCAACAAUGUUGCUCAAGCCAUUUCCACCGCUCUCAACUGGUCUUCCACACCUCACGCUCGUCAAGCCGCUCUCUCUUUUCUCGAUUCCAUGAAAGCAAGUGGUGAUAUAAGGACAUUAGCGAACACGUUGUUCCUUUUGGUGAAAAAGAAUUGGUCGUCUGAAAUUCGAUUGCAUGCUUUUAAGAUGCUACAGCAUUUGGUGCGGUUAAGGUGGGAGGAGUUAAGCCCGGAAGAGCACAAGAACUUUGCAAAGCUCUCCGUUGAGUUAAUGUAUGAGAUUGCAGAUCCUUGUGAAGAUUGGGCUCUUAAAAGUCAGACAGCUGCCCUUGUUGCUGAGAUAGUUAGAAGAGAGGGUAUUGAUCUAUGGCAAGAAAUGCUUCCAUCUUUGGUUACUCUAUCCAACAAGGGUCCAAUACAAGCUGAGUUGGUUUCAAUGAUGCUGCGGUGGCUUCCUGAGGACAUUACGGUUCACAAUGAAGACUUAGAAGGGGACCGACGGAGGCUACUUUUGCGCGGGCUAACUCAAUCAUUGUCUGAAAUUUUGCCACUAUUAUACACUUUGCUAGAAAGACAUUUUGUAGCUGCACUAAAUGAAGCAAGUAGAAAACAGACCGACAUUGCCAAACUGCACGCUGCUGCAGUAACAGCUACUUUAAAUGCAGUAAUUGCAUAUGCUGAAUGGGCUCCAUUGACUGAUCUUGCUAAGUCUGGUAUCAUUAAUGGUUGUGGUUUCCUACUAUCUGCUCCUGACUUUCGUCUUCAUGCUUCUGACUUUUUCAAACUUGUUUGUUCGAGGAAGAGAUCUGUUGAUGCAUCUGCUUCUGAAAUUGACCAAGUUAUGAGGGACAUCUUUCAAUUAUUGAUGAAUAUAUCUAGGGAGUUCUUGUACAAAUCUGGUACAGAUCUCGGCUCUAUUGAUGAGGGUGAAUAUGAAUUUGCUGAAUCCGUAUGUGAAAGUAUGGUAUCACUGGGUUCAUUUAACUUGCAAAGUAUUGCUGGAGAUAGUGCCAUACUUUCACUCUACCUAGAACAGAUGCUGGGAUUUUUCAAGAAUUACAAGUUUGCAAUUCAUUUUCAAUCCAUGCAAUUUUGGCUGGCGUUAAUGAGGGAUUUAAUGUCAAAGCCAAAAAGUUCUCACUCAGCUGCUGACAGUUCGGCUGUUAGUGGCUCAGGUUCUGAGAAUGCAAAGAAGAAGACUCUAAGCCUUGUGAAUGAUGAUUUUUGUGGUGCAAUAUUGGAUACUUCUUUCCCUCGCAUGCUCAAAAAAGAGAAAAUUCUUCCUGGAACUGCACUUUCUUUAGGGGCAUUGGAGUUGUGGAGUGAUGAUUUUGAGGAUAAGGCGAAAUUCGGCCAAUAUCGUUCUAGGAUGUUGGAGCUGAUUAAAUUUGUUGCUUCGUACAAACCCCUGAUAGCAGCUGCUAAAGUUUCCGAAAGAGUUGAUACAAUAAUCAAGAGUUUCUUGGUUUCACCAGCGCCAAAUCAGGACUUAGCUGUGGUGGAAAGCAUGCAGUUGGCUUUAGAGAAUGUUGUAAAUGCUGUUUUUGACAGAUCCAGUGAUAUUGCUGAGGCCAAUGCUGAAGUGCAGUUUGCUUUAUGUAGAACAUUUGAAGGUUUGCUCCAACAAUUUAUUUCCUUGAAAUGGACGGAGCCCGCACUUGUGGAAGUACUUGUUCACUAUUUGGAUGCUAUGGGCCUCUUUUUGAAGUAUUUCCCAGAUGCAGCUGGCAGUGUUAUCAAUAAACUAUUUGAACUUCUAACAUCCCUUCCUUUUGAAAUUAAGGAUACGUCAACAUCAAGUGCUCGGCAUGCAAGGUUGCAGAUCUGUACAUCAUUUAUUCGGAUAGCAAAAGCUGCUGACAAAAGCAUCUUGCCUCAUAUGAAGGGCAUUGCUGAUACCAUUGCUUGUUUGCAAAGGGAAGGUCGGUUGCUUCAAGGAGAGCACAAUCUUAUAGGCGAAGCUUUUCUUGUUAUGGCUUCUUCUGCUGGGAUUCAACAGCAGCAAGAAGUUUUAAAGUGGCUACUAGAACCUUUGAGCCAGAAGUGGACACAACUGGAGUGGCAGGAUAGAUAUUUAUCUAGUCCACAUGGUUUGGUUCAGUUGUGCUCAGAAGCACCAGUAAUGUGGUCAAUUUUUCACACAGUUACAUUCUUUGAGAGGGCGCUUAAGAGGAGUGGAAUGAAGAAAGCUCAAGGGAAUUUAGAAAACAGCUCAACGUCAGACUCAACCCCUUUGAAUCCAAUGGCCUUUCAUGUAUCAUGGAUGCUAAAUCCUCUCUUGAAACUACUUCGGGGCUUACAUUCUCUUUGGUCUCCAUCUAUAAGUCAAGCUUUACCUGGAGAGAUCAAAUCUGCUAUGGUCAUGAGUGAUGUUGAGAGGUUCAGUCUUCUUGGAGAAGAGAACCCUAAAUUGCAAAAGAACCCUAAGGAUGUAUACGGUGAACCAAAUGAAUCAGAUAUACGAAAUUGGUUUAAAGGCAUCAGAGACAGUGGAUAUAAUGUAUUGGGCUUGUCAACAACCAUUGGAGAUUCGUUUUUCAAAAAUUUGGAUGUACACUCCGUUGUUGUUGCCUUGAUGGAGAAUAUACAGUCAAUGGAGUUCAGACAUUUGAGGCAGCUUGUUCAUUCCAUUUUGAUUCCUUUGGUUAAACACUGUCCUGUGGAUAUGAGGGAGAUUUGGCUGGAAAAACUUCUUCAUCCAUUAUUUGUUCAUGCUCAGCAAGCUCUUAGCCAUUCCUGGUCUAGUCUUCUGCAAGAUGGUAGAGCAAAGGUUCCUGAUAUUCAUGGCAUUCUUAGUGGAUCAGACCUGAAAGUAGAAGUGAUGGAGGAAACACUUUUGAGGGAUCUCACCCGUGAAAUGUGUUCACUCCUCUCCUUGAUUGCUUCUCCUCCCCUAAAUACUGGAAUCCCUUCUUUGGAACAGUCUGGGCAUAUUAUUCGUUUCGACAUGUCUUCUGUGAAAAGCUUGGAUGCAGUUGCAUCAUGCUCUUUGGUUGGUUUCCUUCUAAAGCAUGAAGCUCUUGCCCUUCCGAUAUUAAGAAUGUGUUUAGAAGUUUUUACAUGGACGGAUGGUGAAGCUGUGACAAAGAUUUCUUCUUUUUGCUCUGCGACGGUAGUUCUUUCAAUUGUAACAAACCAUACUGAACUCAUUGAAUUUGUUUCUAGAGAUCUUUUUACAUCUGUUAUUCAAAGUCUAUCCCUAGAAUCAAAUGCGAUAGUCAGUUCUGAUCUGAUUGCCAUUUGCCGAGAGAUAUUUGUUUAUCUCUGUGAUAGACACCCAGCCCCCAGGCAGGUUUUGCAGUCUCUCCCCUUUAUUACUCCUCGUGAUUUACAUGCCUUUGAGGAAUCUUUAACAAAAACGUCGAGUCCAAAGGAGCAAAAGCAGCACAUGAAAAGCUUGCUUCUGAUGGCAACUGGUAACAAAUUAAAAGCACUCGCAGCACAGAAAAGUGUAAACAUCAUUACAAAUGUUUCAAUGAGACAACGCAGCCCAGCCAAUGCUCCCGAGUCCAAUAAUGUUAAUGAUGGGGAUGUUGUCGGUUUGGCAGCCAUUAUCUGA